ACAUAGGUAGUAGGUCGUAGGUAUACAAUAAAAUUAGCUGAGUUCUGUUAGGCAAAUAAACACUGACCAAUGGAUAAUUACAUGAUAAGUUGUUAAAUAUUCCCCCAUUUGAAUCAAGUCGACUAGUCGGCUCACUAUUAGUUGAGUCCAAGCAGAAUUUGACUGUUGGAUCGGCAGAGCGUACCGUUGGGUUCGACAGACUUGCCGAGGAGGUGUUGUGAUUUUUUUAAACUAUAGUACAAAUAAAAAAAAAGAAGUGACUACCCCUUACUAAAAUCAAUUUUAGUUCCCUCAUCUUUACUGUAUUUUGUUUAAUGGAUUAUUAAUACAACGCGGAAAAAUGAACAAAUAUGUCAAAUUAUUUUUCCAUAGGAUUCUAAAGGACUUCAGACAAAAGGAACUCCUUCCUUUAAAGCUGCUGUUUUUUAUGCAUUCUUCUACUAUUUUGGUGUUGUAUCCUUACUUGACUAUUCAUAUGAGGGAACUUGGUAUAAAUGUAGAAGAAACGGCUGUUAUGUCAGCUGUGACACCUGUUGUUGCCAUACUGAUGCCUCCUUUAGCGGGAAUGAUAGCCGAUAAGAUAGGAAAUUUUAGAAUACUGCUGUCGUUUUUUUCGAUUGUUGGAGGAGGAUCUGCCUUGCUUUUGUUGCUUGUUCCUGUUGGAAGAAUUACAGUCACGUUCCCGAAAGAAAUUGUUUUCAAUAUGGGCUGUUCAGCCGAACAAAAUCUCGUGCUGUCUGUUGAUAAUGAAUAUCCUUGCGAGCCUCUAACAACCGAAGGAAACAUUUUCAAUUCUUCUCUAAAAAUAGAAUCUUGUGGCAUUGCUUGUCACACUAUCUUAGACGAGAACUACACUCAAACAGUAUUAAAAACCAGAGAGUAUAGUGUACAGAUGUUUGAUAUAAAGGAUAAUUCUACCCUUACAGUUUCAUAUACUCCGAAGGAAAGUGAUAUUCACGAGGUAGACCUAAUCAAUAUGAGAAAUCACAUGACUUUAAAGAACAACAUACGUUACACAACAUCAGUGAGAAAACUCUCUAAAAACGUAAUUUAUUUUCCCACUCAUAGUUAUUAUAAUUUAAGCUGUAACUCUGAAAAUUCUAAUGCUUCUUGUUUAAUUAUUCUGGGAGAGUCUAGUUCAGGAAACCAAGCCGGAAAGAUGUUGAAAUCUCAGCUGAGUCUUGAAGAAAUAUCUCACGAUGACUUUGAAGAAUACGGGCGUUCAUAUUUUGUUCGGACAAUGGAAAAUAAUAACUUCGAAUGCUUGUUAGAUGGUUCUUUAAAGACGAAACAUAUAGUAGUCACAAUUCCAACAAUGAAGUCCGCAUUUCGUCACCUAGACCUAGGAAGUUGUACCCCAAAAUGUUUGGUUACAGUUCCUAGAAAACAGUUGUGUUCGAAUUCUAAAAAUGUCAUAGAACUGGACAUGCGAACUACAUUUUGGUCGUACAUGGUAGUUCGAGUUUUUGUGGGAAUUGUCAGCGGAACGUCAUUCGCUAUGUUCGAAGGUGCUGUUAUUGCCAUACUUAGGGAGCACAAAGCUGACUACGGCUUGCAAAGGAUCUACGCCACAAUUGGUGGAAUGAUCAGUUCUCCACUCUCAGGAUGGAUGAUAGAUUUUGCCAGCCGAGGGAAAUCUUACACAGACUUUAGGCCAAUAUUUUUCCUGUAUGCCAGUCUAAAAUUAAUAAGCGGUAUCCUAAUGCUGUUUAUUAAUUUAGAGUUCAAAAAGGCAGCUUCAAGUGUUGUAUCAGAUGUAAUAAGAGUGUUGAAGAAGUUAGAGCUGAUUACGUUAUUUAUCUCUUGCUUAAUUUUAGGCUGUGCUUGGGGUUUUAUUGAAAGUUUUCUAUUCUGGCUGUUAGAAGACUUGGGAGGCUCAAAAUCUCUUAUGGGGUUAACUAUCACAGUGGGAGGUAUUGUUGGGAUACCACUACUAGUUUUAUCUGGACCUCUCAUUAAAAAAAUCGGACACGCCAAUGUUAUCUUCAUAGGAUUUGUGUUCUACGCCAUCAGACUAAUUGGGUACUCCCUUAUAUACAAUCCAUGGCUUUGUCUGAUAUUUGAGGCUAUGGAGAGCAUUACUUUCGGACUUAGCUUUACGGCUGCUGUGACAUACGCAGCUAAGUUGUCGACUGUCACUACAGACACCAGUAUUCAAGGAAUGCUUGGAGGGAUAUAUUAUGGAGUAGGAAAAGGAGUUGGAAGCUUAAUUGGAGGGUACUUAAUCAAGCCAAUAGGUAUUAGGCACACUUUUCAAGUCUUCGCCGUUUUUACUAUUAUUAUAGGGAUUAUCUACUUCGCGUUUUAUCAUUUCUAUAUUAAAAAACGCCCGUCUGAAGGUACAGACAUAACUAAGAAGGAUUCUAUUAAGCCGCAAGAUACUUUCAGCGAGGUAAAUCGGAAAAGUGGCUCCCUUGUAAAUGGGGAAGCUCACGAGGUUCAUCCAGCUGUUUACGAAGAUGCUAUGUGCAAUCCUGCCUACGAAGCAAGUGAAGAAGAGCUGGAAGAAAUGGAAAAAGAGAAAACCGAAGAAUGCAAUAAAGCGUGAGGGUUAAAAAAGUGUUCUCGAUGUUCAGCAGUCCAUAAAAAAGUUCCUCGUUUAUAAAGCUUCUCAGAAAAGUGAAAAGAUUUUAGUUACAGUAAUAUUAAACCUACACUUAAAAAACUUUAUUUUUAUAUUUAUUGAUUGACAUUGUAACAAGAUUAUUUGGAGUAAUUUAGUUUAUAGUAGUAUUACAAAAAUAACAUACUCGAGCAGGUAUGUUAUUAUAUUGUCUGAAUCUGUGAUAUGAAUAAAAUAAAAUCGUCUUUAUUUUAA